AUACUAACUAGCUACUAAAUGUGCUACUAACUAAAUACUAUUUACUAUAACUAUUUACUAUAUACAAACAAUAUACUAACUAUACUACUAACAAGGUCUAUGAUACCAAAACAAAACAAAGAUAAGAACAGUUCAAUACCAGUUUCCUUUUAAGUUAGAAUAUUGAAGAAAUCUUUCACAAUUGUAAUGAAUUUGUAAAUGCUCAAUGUGUACAAAUUAGAUCUGUCCAGUCAUCUGACAGAGAUCAUUGCUCUUCCAUGCUUUGUUUCAAGAGAAUAUUUAUAUGGGAAACAAUUAUUAUAUCAGUCUACACAUUUACCCUCCAAUCAGAUUGCAGCUGCCAUUCCAAACAAAGACAAAUGGAAACCCACAUUCUACAUUCGUAGUAGAGGGAAAGGAUUUGAGUGAAGUAUUCUUUGACAUCAUUAAUAGUAUAAUGUGUGCGUUGUAACAAACAGCAACCCUGAGAGUGAUACUGUGGAUGGAAGGUUGGGGCAGAUGGAUGUUAAUAUCAUCAGAGAUCCCUGCUUGCAGAUAAAUGUUCCUGAACACAGAAUUAGGUCAUGAAAGAACUUGAAUUUGUUCAACAUUUUCUAAAUAAAAAGCAGUAAGAAAUCAAAACCAAAAGCCCUUAGUCUUUAAAGCUAAAAAGCUCUGACAUUCAUAUGAGCCAGUUAUGAACUUCCAUUGCAAAAUUUUCACUCACAUCCAUGGAAUGAUAUCAAGCUUUGAAGGAUAAUUAUCCUUUACCUCCUUUUAUUUCAAUAUUUCUAGGAGAAGUAAAAAAAUAAUUUUCCAUACUACAAAAUAUUUUCUCAAAAAUAUGAAGGUAUGUAUAGUAGGAAACUAUGCAGUAUUUAAAGUACCAUUAUUGUGAAUGCUAUUUAACUGGAUUUUAUUAGAGCAUUUGACACUGUUUCUCACAGUAUUUUUCUGGAGAAGCUGGCUCAUGAUAGCUUGGACAAGUGUACAGUUUGUUUGGUGGAAAACUGGGAAAGAAGCCCUCCCCCACAUCCUGUGAUACUCUCCUACCUGGACUCACUCACACCUCAACCAGACCCCUUCUAACAGCCAGCGCUGGUCAGGUAGCCUCUUCUCCAUGUUAAAUCACUGCCACACCUCUAGCCACUACCUUGAAGCUCAGAGGAAGGCUAUGGUCUUCAGGUGUGGUUAUUUAGCUUUAACUUUAAACAUAGGUUGUACUCAAAGCUACCACAAAAACCUCCUAUCUAUAGAAUCAAACUGAAAAUCGCCUUUGUCAUGGAACUCUCCAAACAGCAGUAUCAAAACAAGGAACAAGAAUUGCUCAGACCAUUUCCCCUUCUGCAUUUGUUAAAUAUUACAUUUAACUAUCUCUUCUUUGACAAUAGUUAACAUGUACUCAUGAGAAAUUGAGUGUCUGAGUACCUCCCUCAGAAAGGGAUUUCCCUAGUCCUCCUCCCAGGAUACUACAGGUUGAUAAGCCUCACCUCUGUGCCUGAGAAUGUCAUGGAACAGAUCCACACUAAAAACAUAUGUGGAAUGAGCACAAAUGAGUGGGAUAUGGACCUCAGCUGCUGCCAUCUCAGAGGGACCCUGGGAACAAGAUGGAGGCCAGUGCAAAGCGUGUGCAGGCGUGGGGUGGGCAGGAGGAGGCAGAGCGCCCUACCCAGGCUCCACCUCACAGGCGUGUCAUGGUUCCAGAGGUGGGUGGGGUGCACCGUGGCGCCAUCACAAUGGAACUCAAUUCUGAGCUCACGGGGUGGUCCCACCUCUGCUAUUGCGGUCGUGACCAGCGUUUAGCGAUGAUGGUUGACGGCAGCUCUCUCUUUGUCCCCGCUACCCUUGUCCUUCUCUACGGCCUCAUGUUUCUGGUGGCCGGAAUCUCCCUGCUCACCGUGAUCCCAAACCUGCAGGCCGGCAGAAAAUGCUUUUGGUGGAGGAGAUGGUGGCGGCAAGCAGCGGCACCAGAGCCAGGUGCUGAGAGACAGGCAGGCAGGCACAGCAGUCCCCGGAGCGAGCCAUGGUGCCCCUGCAGUAAGGCUGACCAGGAGCUCCAGCAGCUGGUCCUGUCGGGACUGCCUGGGUGCAGGCCUGUGCUGGGCCCCGACUUCUGGCAGGCGGCCUGGAGGGACCUGGAGGAACUGGUGGAGCAGAACAGCCUGUCGUGCCACUGUUGCAGCUCUCGUGAGGGCCAGGCUGAGGCACGGCGGCAUCCCGGGAAGAAGCAGCAGGACCACCAGGGCCACCCCAAGGAGUCAGCAAAGAUUCCUUUGCCUCUGGGUGCAGCACCUAAGGAGACACAACGUCCAGCAGCUGCUGCAGCACUUCCAGGCCCAGCCAGAGCAACACUGCAGAAGGACAGCGGCGCUCAAACGGACACCUCAGACCUGCUUCUGGCUGACGCUGAAGCUACCGGGAGGCAACGCCACUGUGCAGUGCCUGACAACAUCUCAAAGCCACAGCUCAGUCAGAUGUCUUGCAUGCAGGUCUCCGUGCACACAGCCAAAAAGUGCCUGGACGUCAAUCUCCACGUCUUCCCUGAGGCAGUUCGGAGGCCCACAGAACUGCUGCAGCAUCCACAGCCAACACAUGGUGCCCCGGUCUCCACACUCAAAAGGAAGUGCCCCCUCCAUCCUGACCAGGUCCCGCGGCAGCAGCAUGGGGCCAGGGCACCAGGAUGCCACCGCGCUCCCACGUACUUCUGCAGCCGUGAGGCUUGGUUCCUGCCCGAGGAGGAGCGCGAGGCCCUGGAGCUGCACACCUGCUCCAUGAAGCAGAAGCACCCUGGGAACCAGCCAGCAGCGUCCUGGGAGAAGGAGUCCACCAGCACAUAUAAGACUGCACCAUCUGAGGCAGACUGGGCUGAGGCAGGUGCCAAAGGACACAAGCGGUGGCCCUGGUGCAAGAAUUGCCCUGGGAGAGGCGAGAGCACCUGGAGCACCAAAGCAGAACGCAGCAGCUCUCCACCUGGCAGCGUAACGUUCUGAGCAGCACAGGUUGAACACCACCACCUGCCACAGCUGACCAUUACAGCUGUGCCGUGACCAUGUUUGUGGCUCCAAGAAAUCGUGCCACUCGCACCACGCCCGGGAUGCUGCGGCCGUCCCAAGUGCGGCCACGACCCCCAGACACUACAUCGUCUGGGGGAAGAUGUGCCUGUUGCCCUAAACGCCAAGGAUCUCUGUCUCUAAGCCCAUCUAUCUGGCUUGAGAGGAGACGAAGGGCCAGGCUCAGCAGUGCCCCUUCUCUCAAAAGAAACCUUUAUUUUUUAAAAUAAAUAAGCUUAUUUACUUGUGCCAAA